AUGCUGAUUCUGCAAUUCAACAUCAAAGUUGGUCAGGACGACCUGACGCGAAGAAACGAGUUCAAAGCCUUAUCCGAUGGCCAGAAAGACGCCAUCACCCAAGUCUUGGGAAAAUUGCAAGUAGUAUCAAAGGAUGUUGCAACAUCGAUCAAAGCUUCGGAAACAGUUUUGGCGGCGCGUCUCACCAGCCAAGAUGCCCAGCUCGAACAGAGCAUGCGCAUGCUCUCAACAGACAUUCCAGCCACGGUCCAAGGGUCAGAGGCCAGAUUGAUGAAUCGCUUCGAUGGCCAGGAGUCCCUCCUCAAGGACGCGGCUCAGAAGCAGGGUGUUCAGACAGAGUAUUUACAGGAUCAAGCACACGACGCACUGAGAACCCGGCUGCUCGACGCUUUGGCGUUUCCGGAGAUGAAUGAACGACGCAACAUGAUCGAGCAGCGCGUCGGCGACUUCGGCGAGACUUACGGCUGGAUAUUCGGUCCCACAGACGACGACGAGCCUAACGAUGACGAUGAGGAUCGCUUUCAUCCUGGAAGAUCCCAUGCAUUCGUCGAAUGGCUUCGAACUGGCCAAGAGAUCUUCUGGAUCAGCGGGAAACCUGGUAGUGGGAAGAGCAGCCUCAUGGGCUUUAUCUAUCGAAAUCUUCAGCCUGGGCGCCGAGCCUUUGCCCAUUUGGAAGCAUGGGCAAACCCACAACCUGUCCGCAUACUCAGUUUCUGGUUUUUCAGGCCGGCCACAAGGGUUUUGUUGAAAUCUCUCGAAGGAUUCUGGAGGUCACUAUGCUUUCAGAUCCUUGGCAUGGACAAGGAUAUUGUGACAAAAAUUCAAGCUGACGUCGACAAUGCAGCACCCGACAGCCUACGAGCAUGCCUUGUCAAGCCGGGCUCCCACGCUCAAUCUUGGACAAACAUUGAACUAAAGUCGUGGCUACACUAUCUGCUUGAUCACUCUACAUUUAAUUAUUGCUUGGUGGUUGACGGGCUUGAUGAGGUUCCGAAUGAACGUGAAGCUUUGCUCGAUGCAAUCCGAGUUAUUGCGCAGAGCUCCAACAAGAUCAAGAUUUGUUGUUCAAGCCGACCCGAGAAUCUCUUUCAGCGCGCUCUUGAGCAAUAUCCGUUCCUGCGCUUGCAGGACUUCAAUUAUGGGGAUAUCAUGUCACAUUGCAGAAAGCACCUCUCUACUACGAGAGCUGCUUCUUUUACAGAGCGCAUAGCCCGUCGGGCUGACGGCGUUUUUCUAUGGGCUUAUCUUGUGGUGAAAGAACUCAGCACCGCUGCAUACCUAGAUGACCUGGAAGAAUUGGAGCAACGCCUUGAAGAAUGUCCGAGUGAAAUGAACGAACUGUUCAUUUUCUUAAUUGAGCGGCAGGACAAAUUCUAUGCGAAACACCCAAAGCCAUACCUGCGCCUAAUUGAUGUUGCAACCAGGAAGGGUAUGGAAGCAUCCCUGCUUGAUGUGCUUGUGGCUUCCCAGGAACAGGAGAGGUUGAGUUGCAACUUCCCUGACAAUCUGGACGCGCAGUUUUUGACAUCUUUGAAUGCUGUGGCUGAGAAUUUUGAAGCCAGCGUGGUGGCAAGAUGCGCAGGACUCGUCGAAUUCAUCGAGCAGUCAACCGACUCAGCUCACAACCCAUUUUUCCCCGAGACCUUCGCCCACAAAGCAUUGGCCAGAGUUAAAAAGUUGGAGGCGCAUUUCAUCCAUCGGAGCGCACAAGACUUCCUUGUGGACAGCGAAAGCGGUGCUGCGUUGCUUCGGUCCUGUAACAUCUCCGAGCAGGAGGCCUUCCGACGUUUGAUGACUGCUUCAGCGGUCAUAUUCUUUCUCAAUGACAAUCAUGAGACCCCCUUCAGAAUUUUGGAGGCUGCUGAAGAAAUAGACUGGGCGCUCUGGACUGAAUUCGACACAAUAGUCAUAGAUCAUGCCCUUGUGACAUCCCAGAAGCGUCGGCCACUAGCAUUGCCCCCUUCACUGUCCGGGGACGAGGUCGAAAAUAGACGACUGGCCAAGGUUCAACCUCGCUUCGGGAUAAUAUGUCCACAUCUCUCACCCCUCAAGAAUGUUGUCUUUACCUAUGCCGUUACAUGGGGAUUGACUCGAUAUCUGGAAGCAAAAUUGAGCAUGCUGGGAAUGGAGGAAUUAACUCUUGUGUCCGGCUUCUAUGCAAGUUUACUCUUCGACUAUACUGUAGACGUGCACAGGAAAGCUGACUACGACCUCCUUGCGAUAUUCAAGCCUCACAUCUCCUGGACGCAAAACCUCACAUUGUAUCAUUUCUGGCGUCAGGACUACUGUUACGUCCGUGUUACUCGCCCUUUCUGGCAACAAUUUCGACUGGACUCCCUCUAUGAAGCCUCAAGCUCGAGCAUUCUGGGAGCGCUUCAGCAACGAGGGGAUCGUGUUGGUUGGAUCUUGAGUGGCAUUGAAGGUGAAGCGCCCGGCCUGAGGGCAUGGCUCAUUUUCGAUAAUGGGAUGGAGUGGACAAUUUAUCCUGAACCGGACGAACCGGACGAACCGCUAGCUUCGACCAUGAAUGCAAUGGCAGACAGCUGCGAUAUCCUCAGGUUUCACAUCACUCUACAGGCCGGCCCCCCCAGUGUACAAUUCCUUCAAUGUUCCCCUGCAGGACUCGAUCGCUUUUUGGAAAUUGGCGCCUCUACCAGUGAGUCGCUACAGCAGAUCAUCCUCGAAAGCCAUCCCGAAUUUACGGUCGGCAAACAUAUGGCUGGUUUUCUGAACCACCAUAUAGCCAGCUUGUCCGCAGUAGAGAUCGCGAGGGUUGUGUUCGCACAUCGUUCUAGAGAAUACCAUUCCAUCUAUGGAAAUAACGCUUACAUUUUCUCCCAAGGUCGCAUCUAUAACGUACUUGUUUCUGAGAGAGAGUCCUGGGAAGAAAGGUUGCUCUCCGGAAUAUUCUGCGAGGAUUUCGAGACCGACCCUGAGCAUGAUCCGGUAUUGAACGAGAUUCUGAAGAUACUGCAGGAAUAUAGAAAUAAGCGUGCGAGGGGGUAG